UGUUUUUGAAACAUCUCUCACAGACACUAAAGAAGAGAAAGUACUGCGGAGGGGAAAUGGCUUUGACUCGAGAUACGAUCCUAAGCUUUUUGCUGGAGCGCGGGGGGAAAGUGAAGAACUCGGAGCUCGUGAGCAACUUCAGAGGACUUAUAAACUCCAGCGACCCCGCGGAAGAGAAACAAACCCGAGAGCUGUUCAAGCGCCUGGUCAACAGCGUCGCCGUGGUGCAACAAGCCGAUGAUGUGAAGUACGUGGCUGUGAAGAAAAAGUUCCUGGGAUUCAUCGCAGGUGCAAAAAGCAGUUCAAUUGCAUCUCCAUGCAGCGUCAAAUCCGUGCGUGAUUCCAGUGAAACAGAGAAUGUGGACAUCAUUAAUAACUAUUAUUGUCAUUGCUCCCCACAAGCUGUGAGUAAUAGCAGUAAAAGUCACUCAAGAAGUCCAUCUGACUUUAAUGAGAGCGAGUGUUUGACAGCAAGAGUGCUUAAUGUGACAAGUGAUGCUAGAAGUGGCCAAACUGGGGCUGUUUUUGCUCUUGUGGCUGUGAAAUCUCCAUCAUGUGAGCUGCAGCAUGAGGAAAAGAGAAGAACAAGCUUAAAAACAGUAAUAGUAGAUGCUAAACCGACUGCAGAGCGAGCUAUGAAAGUCAAAGCAAAUCAGAGAUGUGUUGCUGGAGAAGGCUUUCUCUACAGCUCUCUGAGAGCCAAACGAAAGGAGCUAGAUGCACAGGGUUCGCCGCAACUGCGAAGGUGUAGCAAACUCUCCAGAUCUGCUGCUGAUGAGGCUGAAGACUCGGAUGGAGUUCCUUUGGGACCAAUGGAGCACGAGUGGCUUGUGAACGCAGCAACGGGAAGCUGGAGUCAGAUCUACGGCCUCCUGCUGCAAGACCCUCAGCUGGCGGAGAAGCCAAACUUCAUGUGUGGAUUCACGAUCCUGCAUUGGGCUGCUAAAAGCGGAAACGGGGAAAUGGUGUGUAAAGUCAUUGAUGUUUCCAGACAGAGAGCCGCAGGGGUCGAUGUGAAUGCCAAGUCUUAUGACGGAUACACAGCUCUCCACAUAGCCGCCAUUCACAGCCACGAACGUGUGUUAUCACUGCUGGUGUGUGAAUAUGGUGCCAACACUAACAUACGGGACAACAGUGGCAAAAAACCCUACCGUUAUCUAAGUGCAGACGUGUCGACUGAAAUCAGAAAGAUGCUCGGAGACCCUCACAGCCUGCAGAAGGAUGCACAGAACCCCUCAGACCUCCCUAAAGGAUUCAACACCCUGAGUAAACUAUUCCAGCCCCACACCGCUGGACAUAAAAAGAAAUACAGACGACGACCGAGCUUCCACUUCAUCAGAGAUGAUCAUGAAGACCCCAGAAAGAACAUCACACUUAAUCACAAACUGUUACAGUAAAAUAUCCCAACAACGCACACUAAAAAUAGACUUGCAUUACUUGUUGUAGGUUUAAUAUAAUGUGUUAAUUUAAUUGGUGAUUGUACAGUGACAGCCUUGUGUCUACUGAUGAUUGUUUGUUAAUGAGGUUGAUAAGUAACAGGAAAAUGCAUUUAGUACUAACACAGCUAUCUGAAUACACAGUUAUGUUGGGUUACGCUGACAUUUCCAUGAAAAGUUUUCCUAAAAAAUUAUC